UGCGAGCUUAUCUCUUUCGGCCGGCCCAGUCCAGCCAAGAAGGCUCCGGGGUCGAGUUCAGGUUGGUUCGGUAGAAGACAGACCGAUAAAAGUGACAAGCACACAAGCACACAUGCACACAUGCGGACAGUUCGAGGCACUGGCGAACUGUCAAGUGCUGUCCCCUCGACGCGACUGGCCGCUUCCGCAUGGAGACAGAUAAGACGAGCGUCAAGGCGACCAGUCGAAGAAGCGUCUUUAGGCCAGUUUUCUUUCCUCCCUCUUCAUUUGCUCACUUUCCCCAUUUCGCCCAGCUUCAGCGGUUUCCUUUCAUCUUUCGCCAAGGUUCAUUUCUGCUAA